CUUCUUCUUCUUCUUCAUCUUACCGACGGUGUCCUUGUUCGAGGAAGCAUGAACACAGAAACAAGCUUCGAUCAAAACUAUGAGGUUACAUGGGGUGGUGAUCAUGUUUUGUCCUUAAAUCAAGGGAAAGAAAUUCAGCUCACAAUGGAUAAUUCUUCAGGAUCUGGUUUUGGAUCCAAGAUGGCAUAUGGCUCUGGACUAUUCAAUAUGAUGAUCAAAGUACCGGGUAGGAAUUCUGCUGGAGUUGUCACAGCUUACUAUUUAACUUCACAAGGAAAAAUGCAUGACGAGUUAGACUUUGAAUUCUUGGGCAAUAGAAAAGGGAAGCCAUAUAGAUUACAAACCAAUGUAUUUGUGGAUGGCCAAGGAAACAGAGAGCAAAGACAUCGCCUUUGGUUUGACCCUACUGCAGAUUUUCACAAUUACAAAAUUCUUUGGAAUCAACAUCAAAUCGUAUUUUACGUGGAUAACAUCCCCAUUAGGGUUUACAAGAACAAAAGCAAUAUUGGUGUGGGAUACCCUUCAAGGGCAAUGCAAAUAGAAGCAAGUUUAUGGGAUGCAGAGUGGGCAACUAAUGGAGGCAAAACCAAAACUGAUUGGAGCUAUGCACCAUUCAAAGCAAAUUUCAAAGGUUUUGAUGUUAGUGGCUGUUAUGUUCCAAACUCAUCAAAUAAUAGCCAACAUUGUUCUUCUGAUAACUACUGGUGGAAUAGGGAGAAGUUUUGGCAAUUGGACCCUGUACGAGAAAGACAAUAUGAACAUGUCAAACACAAGUAUAUGACCUAUGACUAUUGUGCUGAUAGGAAUCGAUAUCCAGAAACUCCCUUGGAGUGCCUUUAAUUAUCCAAAUACUGUAAUUAACUCGUAUAUAUAUGCUUCAAAAAAUGAACCAUUUAGGGUUAUUGUUAUGGAAAUGAAUUGCCACAUAUCCAUCUUUCAGCAACUCAGGUGGGAAAAAAUUUGAUAACAUUUAUAUUUAUCAAUUAUCGUUGAGUAUCGAUUGUUGUUCUUCUUUAUCCAAAUUUGAUAUGUGGAGCAAUCAUUUUUCUGUUA